GUCGGAGGCGUUAACUGGAGAUCGUGUAUGCGCAUGAGCUUUUUCAUAGCAUAGCCCUCUCUCGCUCUCGAGAGAAAUAAAGCACAACAGUAAACAACUAAAGAAUCACCAUUGCGUCUAACCGAAAGACAUUCAGCCAAUUUUACUUGUGUGUCGUCCGUGUGAGUUUUUAUAUGCAUGUGUCUGUAUGCGAGUACAGUGGAGACGAAACUGCUGCGGUGUGUGCAAGUGUCGACGAAUAUUGGGAGGUUAGAUAAGUGAGAAAUCUUAGGUGCGAAAAUGCCGUUGAGCAUAGGUGUGAACCUGCGGGUAACGGGCCAUUGUAACCAGGGUGGCCGCAAAUACAUGGAGGACAUGUUCAGCGUCGCAUAUCAGCAGUCAUCGAAUGAUCGUGAGCUCGAGUAUGCGUUCUUUGGUAUCUUUGAUGGGCAUGGAGGUGGCGAAGCUGCGACCUUCGCCAAGGAGAACCUUAUGGACAUCAUCGUUAAACAGAAGAAUUUUUGGAGCGAUAACGACGAGGACGUGUUAAAAGCCAUUCGCGACGGAUACGUCAACACUCACUACGCUAUGUGGCGAGAGCUUGACAAGUGGCCUAGAACUGCAUCUGGUUUGCCUUCAACAGCUGGCACAACAGCUAGCAUUGCAUUUAUUCGCAAGGGAAAAAUAUACAUUGGUCAUGUAGGUGACUCUGCCAUAAUUCUUGGCUAUCAAGAAAAAGGUGAUCCUUUGUGGAAGUCAAAAGCAUUAACAAGAGAUCAUAAACCAGAAUGUGGAACUGAAAUGACAAGAAUACAAGAAUCUGGGGGUAAGGUUAUCAGUAAAUCUGGGGUACCAAGAGUAGUGUGGAACAGGCCAAGAUUGGGUCACAAAGGUCCAGUUCGAAGGUCAACGCAUAUAGAUGAAAUACCAUUUUUAGCUGUUGCAAGAUCUCUUGGUGAUCUUUGGAGUUAUAACUCAGAAUUAAAUACAUUUGUUGUCUCACCAGAACCAGAUGUCAAAGUAAUUAAAAUUGAUGUAAAAUCACAUAGAUGUCUUAUUUUUGGUACUGAUGGUCUCUGGAACAUGCUGACUCCACAAGCAGCAGUGGCAAUAGUACAAGCUGCCGAAAAACAUAAUGAAAAACAUUUAAUUGCAUCACAACAAACUGGAAGUGGGCAAGGGGAAGCACAUAUGUGGAUCAAUCCAUCAAAAAGCUUAGUUGAUCGAGCCCUUGACAGGUGGUUGUCAACUCGAUUAAGAGCAGAUAAUACAAGUGUGGUCACAUUAAUGCUUGAUCCACCUGGACCUACUCAUAGUGAGAUUCUAUUGAGUCAAAAACGAGAACAAAUGGCAACUAACAAGCUAUCAGCACAUCCAAUACCUGAAACUCCAAAUAUUAAUACUAUGCCAUGCGAAAGUCUUUAUCAUUCAUGUCCAUCAGCUCUGAACCAAAUAUCUCCAAAUAGUCCAGAGCCUGAGGAUGACCCAAUUCCAACGACGGCAAUAGUGCCGGCACUACCAGUUUAUUCAGAUAUCCAAAAAUAUCCAGACUCAUCUGAGUUUGACACCACUGUCCUUCAAACUGAAGAGAAUGCAAGUAAACACCAUCUAAGCUCAUCAUCUAAAAAGGAAAUUCAUAGCUGCAUAAAUCAAUCAGUGGCAGAAGAAGAAAGCAUCCAAGUGGCUGAGAUUUCAUCUAGCAACGCGACUGACGAGCCAAGUACAAUUAGAGAAGACACAAACAAUUUGUUUAUUGAAGCUGAAUCUAUGGUAGUCGAGAGUAGUCUUUUUGAGGAAUCAACGUCGCAAGAGAGUGAUCUUACUAUUACCGAGACCAAAUUCAUUCUAGAAAAGAAGAGUUGGCUGCAACAAGUGCCUGCAGCAGAACAGUAUACCAACGACGAAGCGGAUCUUCAGUCGAUCAGGUUUAGCGAACCUACGGGGCCAAGGCUUAGGAGAGGUAUUCAUGAUAACAGUGAUACACCCAAGCGAAUUACUGGAACCGUCAUGAGGCAAACAAACGGUAGGAGAAGACACAGUACCGGGGCACCACAGAAUAGUCAAAGGCAACAAAGACAAAGAAGAUCGUUGACACCGAAGUCAGCGGUGACUGCGAGUCCAUUUAUGGCAGCUGGUAAUAAGCUGAAGAGACGAGCUAAGGAAAUGAGCAAUUAUGAAGAAGCAAAGGUUGCUGUAAGUACCAGACAUAGUGCUGAAACUGAAAGCGGAGAAUCGUGCCUCAAGCGAAGAACGAGAUCUGAAGAUGUAAGGAAUAUGCAAGAUGAGAAUGAUCCUUCUAAUCAGGCCGUUGAUAACAGAUUGAGGUGGCCUAUUACAGAUACUCCAAUCUCGAGGACGAGUGCUGUGCUGAACUCAAGCACACAUGGCAUUCAAGAAAGGCGAUUGUCUUCGCCAAACUCGUUCAAACGUCGCAACCUCGAAAAGAAGGUAACUCCAGUGAAAACAAUAAGGCGACCAUCGAUAAGCAGAUCGGCUACUCGCAUUCAGAUGCGCGAGAACUUUUGGGACCAAGGCAGAGCGAGUCGUACUGGAGCCAGUUGCUCUAGUACUCGUCGUCAAACCGUUGUAGGUCUCAUCAGUUCGUUAGCCGAAACAGUUUCGGUAUCAUCGCCUUCAUUGUCAGCUCCCAAAAGAUGGCUCAGAUCGGAUACGAUUGCUGCUACACCAAUCAAGACUCUUAGGUCGAGAAACGUUGAUAUCGCUGGACACACUGUCACUCCACAGGUGGUUCAUCAAUACGACGUCAAACAGCAUAGAAUAUUUGAAGCUGCAACGAAGCUCAAACAACCCAGUACUACUGUUGCUCCUCCUGCUGUCACUAAUACUGUUGCUGCUAAUAUUAAUACUGGUGUACUAAUAGAUACAGCUGAUCCACAUACUUCUGCUAUGGGCAAAAUCAAACCGCCUGGCUGCACGUCCACACCAUCGUCGACGGCAACACCAAAUAGGACAAAACCGAUUAGUACCAUCAAUACCGUAGGUAGCAGUUCAAGCACGAAUAUGUCAUCGAGUUCGACGAGUUCUAUGUCGAAAAGAGCUAAAACCCCAUACAAUCCAAGUGCGAGAUUAAUUUCGACGAGGUCGCGCAUCAAGAGGUUUAGCAAGUGAGCGGAUUAAUCUCCGACAAAUUUUAAGUGCUCAUCUGUAGAUAGAAUAAAACUUUUAUAGGAAAUACGCAACUGUUAUAGUCAUACAUAUAAAAAAAUACUACUGAAAAAAAAAUUCAUUGCUUGUUAAAAUUUGGCAUGUUUAAUAUUGAUGAUAUUUAAUCUCUAUAAAAAGGUCUUUCUAGUAGGCGAAGAAAAAUCUUUCUCUUUAAAUAUGGAUUUUUUUUCAGUAUGUAAUAAAGUUUGUCAACAUUCUGUGCAGAAAGCGCGAUCUUACAUGAGCUUGCUGAAAUACGUGCGCUCAAAAUUGUGCUUUCCGCACGUUAUAUGGAAAAAUACUACAAUUAACAUUUUCAAGAAAAAAACUCGUUUCGCUUGGGCGUAAAUGCUAUACGUGACGAGUAUUUACUUUAGCGCACUAGUUAGAUGAUGUACUAUUUAUAUAUAUGAACCAUUGAUCGCUCUACAUGCUUCUCUCCCUAAUCUCUCAUAUAUACGCAUAGGAAAGUGAAGUUCUAGUUUUUAAGGAUCUCUAAGCUCCUUUAAUAUCAUUUUUAGAAUGAAAAAACGGUAAAGUGUGAUUUGGGUGAUCAAUUAUAGAAUGAUUUUUUGAAAUUUCUAUCAUUUUCUAUUUCUCUAGAAUCGCAUUCGCAUUAUAUAUUCAACUCAAUAAUUCAAACAAUAGAAUAUUUUACUUUUUUUUUUUGCUAGAAUUUCAAAUAUCUUGGUUUCAUUAUGUUAUUUACAUUAAGCUAAUACAAUAACAGAAAUUAUUUUUGUGAUAAUGAUAACUGUUAUGAUUUUCAGACUUAAAACAAUUAUUAUUUUGAAUUAUAUUCGUAACUGAUGAGGUUGACUUUAUAUUUGAAGAAGUUCUCCAAAAUCAUUCUACAAAUUGAUGAUUAGAUGAAAAUUUAUUUAUAUUUUUAUAAAAAACGACUUUUUCUACCGUGUUAAUUUCAUAAAUAUCUGAUAAAAAUGUAUUUAUUGUCAAAUCAACUGUCAAUCAAUACACCCAUGUGAGCACUACCCUAACUACCUAUAGUCAUAUUUUUUUGGGAGCAAUUUUUUUCAAACAUUGAAUAAAUACAUCGUAAUUAAAAAAGCCACUAAAUAGGCUUAAACUUUGGAAGUAGAAUUAUUUUUGUAAAAAUUACAUAAAUUAUAUAAUCUUUUGCAAAAAAAAUUAAAUAAUAUUAUUGGUAAAAUGAAUAUAAAAAUGUUCAAUGUUCGAAAAAACUGCUUUCUUAAAUAUGUGACUGCAAUUUCUCGACGUGUAGAGGCUGUGUUAAGGAUCAACUAGAUUUUGCUUCUUUGCUGUAACAUUAUUCAGGAUAUAUAUUUUGUUGUAUAUAUUUUUUCAGAAGCAGCAAAAUAUAGUAGAAACAAAUAAAUGCUUUUGUAGUUCGAGUUAUAACUGUGACAAUUUAUAGUUUAAUGUUUUCUAUAAAACCGACAGCGAAUUUUAGGAUGUUACUUUAGUUUCUGUGUGAUAUAACGUAAAUUCGUACUAACUAAUAGGUAAAAAUUGAUUAUAAAAAAACUAAUGCGACAUGCCAUUAUGGCAGAAGAUUUCAAAUUGAACAUAAACAAAAUAAUCAAGCAUUUUUGUGUCGAUAUACAGCGUUCCCAUCUUAACUCAUGUGAAACUUCGAUACAUGUGAUAAAAUACUAUAUUUCCUUGUAUAGAAAUGUAUAUCCGAUGCGUACGCAACAAAGGUUUCUCGUGCAUUAUUGAAGAGAAAGAAUAAAAAAAUAUAUUAUAUAUAAAAAUUAUAUAAUGACGUAAUGUUAAGUGCGACAAGUGAAAGAUUUCGUAUGACAUGAAUCUUGAUUUAUUGAAAAGAAGAAUCUGUUGAAAGUUCUUAUUUUAAAGGAGAGACACUUCUUCCUAUAUAGUCUAUUCGUUUGUAAAAUCGCGAAAAUUGCAGGUGUAAAUGACGUUGGCCGUACAAAAAGAUAAUAUGAUAUUUAAAACAAAGAUUGUAAAAGUAUUUUUUUAAAAAACUAACCUUUAAUCGCGCGAAUUGAUUAUAUAAAGACAAAAAAGAAUUAUGUAUAUUAUUAGUAUAAAUGAAGCGAUAAAUAUGAGAAGUGGAAGCAAAGAAAAGAGAGCGAUAUGUUCUUAAGCUAAAAAUAUAUUAGUUAGUGGGUUUGCAAAGACGGGUGCAAAUUAUGACGCGUUUAAACCUAUUCAACUUACACACAAACAUACUGUAUAUUUUAAUAUAACACGAAUAAAAUAUUAUCAAUAAGCAAGGAAAAAGUAUCUUUUCAUUUUGUAUUUAUUUAUUGUAAUGAUCAUUUUACUGUUGAUUUUUUAUAUCAGUAGAUGACUAGAUUAUGUAAAAUGUGGUGUUUCUAUUUUAAUUUUCUUUUUCCUUGAUUAAUUUUUUUGGUGGUAAGAGCGAUAAUUAUAAUAUAUUUUUCGAUUUGCCUGUAAAAAGGUGUAUGUGUGCUUAACUGAGAUAAGACUUUCAUACAAUUUGUCAACAAAUUAUAGUGCGAAAUACAUUUUUAUUUGUUAAAGUAACUUGAAUAUGCGUAUAAUAUCAAUUAUUUGCCAAAACGUACCUCUACAAUUUCUAUUUAAUUUUUAUAGAUCUUUUAUCAGCAAGUGGUAGAUCUCUACCCAAUAAAAGUCAAUAAAUUUCCGUUCUCUGUCAAUACGAUGCACACACA